UCUGAACCUUGGAAGAAAGUGUUUGCUUUGUUUGGAUCUGCAGCCAGAAAGAUGAAGCUGAGUCUUUUCCUACUGCUGCUCCUCAUGAGGAUGAGCUGGGCUUCCACUUAUCAAAAUGUGGCCUUGCGUGGGAAAGCGACUCAGUCAGACCAAUAUGAGCACAUAUUUGGAAUGGCUUCCAAUGCCAUUGAUGGAAACCGUAACCCAAACUUUGGUGUUGGAUCAUGCUCUCAUACCGAAGAAGAAAUGGAUCCUUGGUGGCGAGUGGACCUGCUGGAGUCCUACGUGAUCACCUCCAUCACCGUCACCAACAGAGGAGACUGCUGUGAAGACAGGCUCAAUGGGCUGGAGAUCCAUAUUGGCAAUUCUCUGAACAACAAUGGUUUAGAAAACCCAAAGGUUGGUACAAUUUCUCACGUUGGUGCAGGCAAGUCAUCCACUGUGAAUUUCACUGAUCAUGUGGUGGGGCGCUAUGUGGCACUGACUUUACCUGGUUCACGAAGGAUUCUGACACUAUGCGAAGUGGAAGUCUAUGGAUACUAUGCCCCAACUGGAGAGAACCUGGCAGUCUACGGAAAAGCCACUCAGUCAUCCCUCUUUGAACUUGGCUUCGCUUACAAUGCCAUUGAUGGAAAUCGCAACAGCGACUGGGAAGCUGCCUCCUGCACGCACACAAAAAACGAAAUUGGCCCCUGGUGGCGACUGGAUCUGGGCAAAACACACAAAGUGUUUUCUGUCAACAUAACCAACCAAGAUUCUUUCUCAGAACGACUCAACGAUGCCGAGAUCCGCAUUGGAGAUUCUCUUGACAACAAUGGCAACAACAACCAUAGAUGCGGUGUGAUCACAAGUACUCUGGGAGGUGAGGUCAUCGAGAUGCAGUGCAACGGGAUGGAUGGCCGCUAUGUUAACAUAGUCAUCCCAAACAGAGAAGAAUUCCUAACGCUGUGUGAAGUUGAGGUGUACGGAUCCAGGCUGGAUUAAGUCAUCUUGCUUUCACAUACACUUAUACAAACCAGUGCUAAAGCUUGAUAUUCAGUAGAAUCAGAUCAGAAAAAAAGCAACUCAUGAACAUAUAGCACAACACUAUUUCAUGAUGCUAUAGAUGCCUCUCUUAAUGCCAGUAAUUAGUGUAUUUAUAUCUUACAAUACAGACUUACUUAAGAGUGCAAUCAGAUAGAGAGCCUCUCUUCCUCCUGUUGAUUUAACCCGCGCAAUAAGACAUGCCUUGGCUUGUGAAGUCAGCAUUUGACUAGACCUGCUGCAGCAUAAAUCAGUAUAUGUCCUUUCUACUGAAAUACAAUAAAAUCAUACAUGUUGGUUGUGA